CUUAUCACGGUUUUCGUAUGUUUCAACUGUCAGAAGAUGGUCACAGAAUCUGAAGAUUACUUCUGGCGGGACUGAGCAGGAGAAGGGCUCUCUAUAUUCAUCACCUUUAUGACUGUUAUACGAAUAUAUAGUAACUGUCUUCAUCCUGCAACCAGGCCGCUACUCACACUACCUGAUAGAUGUUCAUGUUGUUCCGUAUAUUUUUAUCAAUGCUGCAUGGGCACCUCAUUUACUAAUAAUUGUGGAAGUACGCUGUUAUCACCUUUGGAUCUUUUCCGUUAGGUUCCAGGAUUUUUUCAUUCAGUUUUUGCUGUUUUUCAGAGUUAAAACAUCAGCAGAUCACAGUCGUCGCACCGAUUUAGCGUGAUAAUUGGUGCUUUGUCUGUCCUAUUACGGCCACUAACGUUAACUCGUUUGCUUUAUCUAUGGAAGCAUGUCGACUAGGAAACACGGUGCCGCUCAAAUGAGCUGAUCUACAAUUUGAUAUCAAGCUUCACAUAGCUAUUAAGUGUUUAUCUCCUGAGCUUUAAAACGCCUGAGACAGUGCUGUAAAACGCGAAGCUUGCACGAAGUAAUUUAUUGAUAUGUUUCCAAGAUGGUUUAUAUUACUUACAUUUUAUACAGAUCAUAAUCACAUAAGAUUUUAUUUUCUAGUAACAAACACAGAUAUAUUAAGAAGCUAAGUGGGUAUACUGGCGUGGACUAAAACUGUCAAAAAUCGUGGUUAGCACACUUGUCAACAUUCUUUGAAAAAUGUUUAAUACAUUGUCCUUGAGGUCCAAUACGUCGUUUAAGAUGAGUAAAGCAUAUACGUUCCUUGAGAACGUAUUACUACAUGAUAAUGAUUAUGAUUAUUAUAUGUACUUGAGUGUUAGUCGUUUGCCUAUAAUAUGAAAGGCAAAUUCAACUAUUUGCAAUUGAGGUGAUGUACAUUGAAAUCCACGUUUGAACGGGUUCUUUUUUCACUUUUAGUCAAUCUUUUCUAUCAGCCUGCACAAUAACUGUACCGAUACUGUUAAUGUUCGUGACCCUCCAGUAGCUUAUUGAUGCAAGGGCUUAUAAGCAUGUUUAUAUUCUGUUUUACUACGUAAAUGCUUCAUAGAAGCUAUUAGCAAGUACAAACCUUUAUUAAAACAUAAAAAAUAUAUGUUUUCAACGAAUCGACUUUUGUUGUACUCAGCGCAUUCGGUGCGCCUCACUGUGUCUAAAUAUAUCCGAGUAAACAAUGGACGCGUGCAGCGUGGAACUUCUCAGCUAAUCGGCUCCAUCUAUCAAGCUAUAUAGCGCGUCAAUAUACGGGUUUUCUAUUUUUUAGGUCAAAUGUGUUGUGACACCAAAGGCGAUUCUAGCACGAGAAGAACCUUUCUUUCCACACAACAUAUGAACACGGCCAUUCUCGAAUUAAUCCACUAGUGUGGCCGACCACAAGUCUUAUUGAAUGUGGCGCAGUAGGACAAAGUAUAUCAGCACAGGUAGGUUAGCAAAGCACCACCUUUUGCAUAGAUACGCGCUGGUAGAUCACUCAUAUCCAUACAUGACGACGAUGGUGACGCUUGUGUUUAAGUAUGCAACCCAGACGAAGCCGGCCAGCAGGUGCAAUGGAAGAGGAGUCAAACUUCUAGCACAUUGUUGAGACAAAAUUAGGAGUGGGCUGAUCGUACGAAUUCUUCAACCCAGAUAGAAGGGACGACGCGCGACUGAUGCUAUGGAACCCCGCGCUUGUCAAGUGAAAGCCCAGCUCCGGCCCCUUGGCAGACCUGUCAUCUCCACGCUUUCUAACUACGCCCUUCGAUAUACACGGAGAGCGUCGAAGCUUUCGUACAAGUACACGGCCCGCGGGUGCAUAUUUACUCUGUUUGUGGUAAACGUUUUGUUAUACGCCGUAACAGUGAUUAGUACUGAAAUCCUCGUGAUAACAUUCUACCUUGGUUAUCAUCUCUGUCAGAGGGUUGAACACAGUACAGACGCAGAAAGAAAACAACUCAAAAUAUUGAAGUCCGAGGAGACAUCGCUUUUAAAGCAGGUAAUCAGGGUGAUGGGAAUUGACUUUGCUCCAGCAGCCACGCCGUUGACACGACGUCUGCAGACGCUCGCUGCCGCCUUAUGCUCGUUCAGUUUUCUCUUCGCAGGAAUCUUUUUCACCGUACUAGCUAUUAUCCUAAGCUUCAGCAAUCUGUAUUGGAUCGUAAUACUCUAUACAGGAUGGUACGUCUAUGAUUUUCGCACGCACGAAAAAGGAGGUCACCGCGUGCACUGGUAUCGUCGAUGGAAAUUAUGGACUAAGAUGGCGGAAUAUUUCCCGAUUUGCUUAAUAAAGACAGCUGGUCUUCCUGCUGAUAGAAACUACAUAAUGGGAUAUCACCCACAUGGAAUUAUGGCAGCAGGCUCAUUUAUCAACUUCGGCACUGAAGGAACAGGGUUCGCCAAGCUCUUUCCUGGAAUCGCUCCGCAUCUAAUGACAUUGACAUUGAACUUCAUGUUUCCCUUCUACCGUGAUCUUCUUCUUGGGCUCGGGAUUGUCUCUGUCUGCCGCGAUUCUCUCGACUGGAUAUUAAAAAAUAAGGGUGUCGGUAAUGCAGCAAUUAUUGUCGUGGGGGGAGCGCAGGAGGCCCUCGAUGCUCACCGGAACGCAGAUAUCGCGCUUACUCUAACUUCGCGAAAGGGUUUCAUCAAGAUUGCUCUACAGAAUGGAGCCGACCUUGUUCCAGUAUUCUCGUUCGGUGAGAAUAAUGUUUACGCGCAGGCGGCAAAUCCCCCAGGCUCAAAAUUACGCGACAUUCAGAUGCGUUUCAAACGUAUCGUCGGUUUUAGCCCCCCUGUGUUCCAUGGCCGCGGGCUUCUACAAUACAGUUGCGGAUACGUCCCAUUUCGAACGCGAAUCACCACAGUGGUUGGUGCCCCAAUUCGUGUUACUCAAGUGUUGAAACCGACCCAGCAACAGAUUGACGACCUUCACGCAAAAUACGUAGCAGCACUAAAGGAUCUCUUUGAAACGCACAAAACGAUGGCUGGAUGCGACCCACGACAUACCCUUAUCAUAGGCUAAUGAUACAUGGCACGCGGUGCACUGAUGCCACCUGCGAAGACUCUCGUCAUGAUAACCGUCGCGCAGAAAUACAUGGCCAAGAUAUCAAUUCAAGACAUCCUUAUAACGCCAAUCAGGAUUGAUUUUGUUUAGCAGUGAAAAAUGAAUGCUGUGUUUCACUAUUUGCAUCUCGUCGAUCGUCGUGUGAUGUUCGCGGGGGAGCUUCCAGCUUUGUUUAUGUAUAUCUAACCGACGUCAGUCUUUUGGCGAAGCAAUUUGCAGCUAUUAGUAACAGAAACGGCCAAAAUAAGUUUUAGUAGGAGAUGUAUUUUGUAUAAUAUAGUGGAUGAGGACUUUGCAACUGUGUGAAGCACUAGACCACAUACAAUGAUCACUAUCUGUAUACAAAUGUAUGGCUGUUUGCGUGUUUAUAAAAGGUCUGUGUGAAGAUGGCGAAAAAAAGGUUUAUUGUGAAUGUAUCACGUGAGAGGGUGAGUAUGAAAAUAUGGCUAUGCGAGUGCAAUGACUUACUUAACGUUUAACUUCAAGUUCGAAUAUGUUUCUGGAGCGAAACCUUGCAAUAAUUCAUAGCUUUUACAAUCUAUAUCUGUGUGUAUGAAAGUGACUGUCAUUGAGGAUCUUGUUGAUGUUGCCCUAAUGUCUUCCCGAAUUACAACGGAAUGUCUCUAAUGCCAAAGCCAGCAUUCAUAGUGUAUCUGUGUUAGCAAUCUAAACGCAUCCAGGCUCAUUAAUUACAUACUGGAUUAGUUCAGACGUUUUAUAUACUCAACGUAUGGGCUAAAAGCUUGUUCAUCUGCCCGCCAAAAAGAUUUAAGUGAACCAGCAUCGAUUUCAAACACACAAAUUCGAAGUAACUAGUUAUAUUUUUAAGCAUUUCUUACGUCAACUUUAAAUAAGUAGUCAGUAUUUUUAUUGUAAAAUUGAGAUUUCGAGCUAAUACAAAGCAACAAAUAAAUAUAAAUUAACAGUUGCUGUGCAACUCAAUACAACAACAUGAUAAUUCUCAGAUAAUGUGCACUUAAAUCUUUUCGGUGAAGCGCAAUUUAAUGUUUGCUUUAUUUAUCCUGCGCGUCACUAGCGGCGGUUUCCCUUUAUCUAAAGCUUGCUGUAUCUAUUCUGACGAUCUUCCUUGCGGCUUUAUACAUACACGCGCGCAAAAACACUCACAAACACCUAAAUCCAAAGCAACAAAAUGCGAUAUUGAGUUUGAGAACAAUAAAGGGACGGCAACGAUCGUCAUUCUAAUAGCCGAAGAUAAUAGAAAGAAGUAAUACAAACUGUACGCGACUGAGAACACAAAGUAUAUUACUGAAACCUAUACAUUGUGAUGUAGAUAGACAUCACAAGUUAGUGAACGAUGAAUGUGACCGGCGUGAGAAUUUCGAGUUCAUAUAAGGAAUAAGUGGCGAAAGAAUAUUGAGAAUAAUACAUAUUUCAUCGCGUAUGCUAACUAUACUGGAAUAUAUACCUCCAAUUGCAACAGGUACAAUAUAGGCUGGCUUAUGUUGCAUCAAAAUCCGAUAAAAACUCUAUGCCAGUUUGCAUGUCCCAUCCGAUUUGCUGAAUCAGAAAUCAUACCUAUCAGUGCAAUAAAUGCUGGUUACUAACCCAGAUGUAAUACAGCAAAAUAUAUCCUUAGGUAUUACAAAACAGCCUGGAAACGAACGUGAACAUUCUUAUAAAGAACGAGAGUAGGGUGCACGUAUGCCUAUUACGUGCUUUAUUAAUGAGGGAAGUAAAGCAUAAUGUAAAUUCACUCAGACCAAUCGACCGCAUUUUGUAUGCCAACAUAUAAAUUCGUAAAUAAAAUAAGCUUUUAGUUUAAAAUCAUGCAGGCGGACUAGCAGGAAUGAAUGUACAUACUACCACAUUAACCAUGAGUUUUUACUGCUCGAAAGAUAAAAAAUAAGGCUUUAAAUAAUUAUGCACUAUGGUCCGUGUGAUUAGUCGUCUUAUGUCAGAUGAAAUUGUAAUUGUAUAGUUACCUUAAAAGCACGAUGCCUACUCUGAACAACAUGUAAACUAGUCCUAGCGGCUGCUGUAGCUGUAUGCUCGGAAGUAUCAAAAAAAAAUUUGAUAUUUAUAAAUUCAGAGUGCGCAAAUAGUCACUAUCCUAUUUUGAUACGCAAGAAUCUGAAGUAAAAGCAAAUUUUGGCGCAUUCCAAUUGGUAUGUUAUCCACUAUAUGACCUUUCUAAAUUUUGCGUAAUUCUGAAUCAUGCCCCUGUAUAUUUCAGCAUUCGUUUUACUAAUACGCUUUCACGACUACGAUUUUUGAGGUCGUAGAUUAUUUUCGGUGCUGCUUGAUACACAUUGUCCUUCACACAGCUUUACAGCUUCAAAAUCCGCUGCAGAGUGCUUGUUGACGGGCCACGUCCUUCAGCAUAACGUCGUCGCUGCGUCGUACUGGAACGAUGGUGUGAUUUGUCCGCGCGGGUUGUGGUCUCCAUUAGCUUGAUUUUUAUUUACAAGUAAGCUAGUCUUUUUAAUCAAUCGCCUCAAUUUCAAUUUCGUCUACGGAAGAAGAUACCGGUAUUUUGUACGUUACUUGUAUAGUACCACCGUAAGAAACUUUCAACUUCAAUAUUUUUUUAAAAAGAAUACUGUUCUAAAAUGUUUUACAUUUGAACACUUAGGGAACAUUUUAAUUGGUUGGCUUCCAGAACGAAUUUCUGUUCCACACUAUAGCGUUUUAUCACUGUAAAACUCGACAUAAUCCGACUGCCCAAAACAGACAUUUGGUGCGCCUUUUAUUGUUAUGAAGUACGCGGGGUUACAACAGUAACCGACAGUAUUCAACGCCGAAUGUGAAAUCUACGAAAACGCAAUUCAUUGUAAUUUAUAUAGGUACUUAGAACAAAAUUAAUGUAAGUAAAAUUAAUUUGCAUCACUUUUUAAAUGUUUUUUUUUUGUAAGGUUACAUGCAUAGUUCUUAUAAUUCGAGAAAAGUAACUGGUGUAUCUAUCGAAUUCAGAUCUGUCAGUAAGGCAAGAAUAGUCUGCAUAAGUGUACUUCCGUACUCACGCUCCGCUUACUAAUAAUCCCGUCAUCCUGUUCCAGUACGAUCGAAACAUCAGCAAUUUAAAAUUAACGUGCAAGCUACAACGUCAAAUAUGGUGCCUAAACUUAACCAGUAUUUUUAACUAAAGGGACUGGAACCAUUCGGUAUAUUAAACGGUUUAUUUUACAGAAACUCUACCUGCCUUUCUUUUCAGUCACCAUUUACUAGCAUAUUAUUUCAUAUAAUUAUAAUAUUUAUUAUUAUUUAAUUAGGCCACCUGAGUAGCUCACAGUCUCACAGCUCUCGCUCGCUCUAUCUCUCUAUUUCUCUCGCUCUGGCCGUAAUCGGCACACCCCUACACACCACCUGCACGGCUUAAUAGCCCGCCCGCCCCUAGUCAUUUGGAAUUUUGUUUUUUUUUUGGAUACCACUGCUGUUCCUCUUAUCAACCUCUGCCAGUCGUUUC